CCCCUCCCAAAGCCCGCGGCGGCAGCAGAGCAGGCCAGGCCAGCGCCUCCCACCCAUCUCCCCCGCCUCCGCCCCCGCCGCCGCCGCGCCCGGGUCCGUUCCGAGAUGGGGCAGGAGGCCCACCACCACCACGCGCUCCCCACGUCCGCCGCCGCCGCGGACGCCGCCGGCGCCUCCCCGGCCGCGGCGGCCUCCAGGCUCUUCACGGCGGGGCUGGUGGCGGCGUGGUACGCCUCCAACAUCGGGGUGCUCCUCCUCAACAAGUACCUCCUCUCCGUCUACGGCUUCCGAUACCCCGUCUUCCUCACCGCCUGCCACAUGUCCGCCUGCGCCCUCCUCUCCAGCCUCGCCCACGCCUACGCCGGGGCCGCCCCCGCCCGCCGCCGCUCGCGGGGGCAGCUCGCCAGGGUCGCCGUGCUCGGCGCCGUCUUCUGCGCCUCCGUCGUCGCCGGGAACGUCUCCCUCCGCUACCUCCCCGUCUCCUUCAACCAGGCCGUCGGCGCCACCACGCCCUUCUUCACCGCCAUCCUCGCCUACGCCGUCGCCGCGCUCCGGGAGGCAUGCGCCACCUACGCCGCGCUCAUCCCCGUCGUCGCCGGCGUCGUCAUCGCCACGGGGGGCGAGCCGAGCUUCCACCUCUUUGGUUUCAUCAUGUGCGUCGGAGCCACGGCCGGAAGGGCGCUCAAGACCGUGCUGCAGGGGAUCUUGCUAUCAUCAGAAGAGGAGAAGAUGAACUCCAUGGACCUCCUCCGUUACAUGGCACCCGUGGCCGUCAUCCUGCUGGUUCCAGCAACAUUGAUCAUGGAGCGUGAAGCAUUUGGUGUGGUGGUCACCCUCGCACGGGAGGACCCCAAUUUCAUCUGGAUCCUGCUCUGCAACUCCUCGAUGGCCUACUUUGUGAACCUGACGAACUUCCUGGUCACCAAGCACACCAGCCCACUCACUCUUCAGGUUCUUGGGAAUGCAAAGGGCGCUGUCGCUGUUGUGGUCUCCAUCCUGAUAUUCAGGAACCCGGUAACAUUCAUGGGGAUGCUAGGCUAUGGGAUUACAGUCGCCGGGGUUGUUCUGUAUGGCGAGGCCAAGAAAAGGAGCAAGUGAGGGCCCAGCCUGGUGAGAAGCUGCUGCCUCUUCUGUGUCAGCUCCUUCACGCCUGGAGAUGCUAAGUGGUCUGAGCUGCUCUGAUGGAAUCAUGGUGAUGGUAUGUGGAAGACAAGCACAUCGGUCCCUUUUUUUCGCAUGGUCUGGAGUUGCAAUUUGAGCUGCUAAACUGUAGGAAUCUGGGAUGUCCAACUUGGCGUUUGGCUUCAUGUCAUCGAGAUGUAUUUAUCCUUGUAACAAUAUUUAUGUAGAUUCCAGAUGUACAACCAGCUGUUUGUACAGCUUAUUGGUGCUUACCAGAGAAUACAAACAUCAUGAUGAUCAUGUUACUUAUUCCUAGUAAAAGGUUGCUUCAGUUGCACCAACUGCUUCAA